UGAGGAUGAAAAAGCAUUUGCUGACGUGGAAACGGAAAACAUGCAUCUGGAAAUCCUAAAACGGAGGAAAAAAACUUAAGAGAGCACUAACGGCGCGGAGAAUACCCGAAUGUAGCAAGCUGAGCGAGGAAGAAGGGAUACUGCUUCAGAGGAACGAGAGCCAGUUUAUAAAGCACGCGAUUCCCUACUCCCUACUCCCAGCACCACCGUAGCCGUAGCCGCAAUCGCUACUUCCACCGUCUGAUUUCUCUCUCUCGUCCUGCUAUCCAUCUCUUCCACACUCCGAUCAACAACUCUCCGAUCCUCGAGUGAGUAAGAGCACGCUCCCGCCUUCUUCGCCACAUCUCCGCCAUCCGAUCAACUGUCUUUCUCGUCUUCUUUCUCUACAAAGUGAACCUGGCUCCGCCGUCGUUUGAGGUGAUCGCCGUCUAUAUUCUCUCUUCCCCUGCAACUUAGCUGUCGAAUGGUCUUACUCUGUCUUCUGCAUCUUCAAUUUAAUCCAUAGAGAGAGGAACUCUCAUUCUUCACUCUCAAACAUGUUCUUCCACAUACUGUUGGAGCGCAACAUGCAGCUGCAUCCGCGCCACUUCGGCCGCAACCUCCGUGAGAACCUCGUAUCCAAGCUCAUGAAAGAUGUCGAGGGCACUUGCAGGAGAGUUAUAACUGUACACAAAUAUGCUCCUGAUUCCGAGAGAUUUCUACCAGAAACUGUUUAUACCAGAUACUUUAUACCAGAUACUGUUUACUCUCCCCCUCAAGCUGGUGCAUGAGGGUCAUGAAUGCCCAGCUUGUCCCGCAUCAAAUAAAAAUUGUCCUUGCCC